GCCUGAGCCACAGCUGCGGACCAACGGGACUGGACGACAGACAGACAGACCGACAGCCAGAGCCACAGAGCGCACUCAGGCAGCGGCUUCUCACUCCAGGGAAACCCCCCACUCCGCAAGCCAAGAUGUCCAGCAAGAGGGCCAAGGCCAAGACCACCAAGAAGCGGCCCCAGAGGGCCACGUCCAAUGUCUUCGCCAUGUUCGAUCAGUCGCAGAUCCAGGAGUUCAAGGAGGCCUUCAACAUGAUCGACCAGAACCGCGACGGCUUCAUCGACAAGGAGGAUCUGCACGACAUGCUGGCCUCGCUGGGGAAGAACCCCACGGACGAGUACCUGGAGGGCAUGAUGAGCGAGGCCCCGGGGCCCAUCAACUUCACCAUGUUCCUCACCAUGUUCGGGGAGAAGCUGAACGGCACCGACCCCGAGGACGUGAUUCGCAACGCCUUCGCCUGCUUUGACGAGGAGGCCUCAGGGGUCAUCCAUGAGGACCACCUGCGGGAGCUGCUGACCACCAUGGGCGACCGCUUCACGGAUGAGGAGGUGGACGAGAUGUACCGCGAGGCGCCCAUCGACAAGAAGGGCAACUUCAACUACGUGGAGUUCACGCGCAUCCUCAAGCACGGCGCCAAGGACAAGGACGACUAGGCCGCCUGCCGCGCCCCCAACGCCCCCCCCCCCCCCGCUGCAACCCCACCCCCACGGGCCGGGACCUCCUGGGGGGAGCCUCCCUGCCCUCGAGGGGCACACGCCCACCUUCCCAGGGAGAGAACGCCCAGCUCGGGCACCCCAAGAAGGCCCUCAGAGACCCCCACGCCCAGAGAUAGGUCCCCUCAGGAAGAGCCCUAUGUCCCGGUCCUGGACCGGAACCCCACUUCAUGUGCAUGCACCCCAGGCCCCCCAGGCCCCUCCCAGCACCACUGCAAACCCACGAGCACCCCAGGGUGAGCCACGGACCCUCCCCCUCCCCGGAGGCACCAGAGACAGGUCUGCCCAGUGCAGGCAGGAGUGAACAGAAUAGAAGGCUGAGCACUGAGCACUGAG